AUGAAAUACUCCAUUUCCUUCGUCCUUGCCAUAUCCAUCCUCUGUUUCCUAGUUGCUAAUAUAGUUGAAGCAUCUUAUAUGUAUCGUGCCAUGUCUAGCUUGGAAGUGGGGACGCCUUGUCAUGCUUAUAUUACGGAUUGCAAGGAUAAAACUUUAUUCGACAAUG